CGUUUUAACUUAUAGAUAGAAACAUCUUACAAGAAACAAACAGGUGACUCUAACGCCCACAUUUACUUCUCAAAACACCUACGUUGAAAUUAUAGAAUUUAUAUUAGCGAAAGUAAUUCACUACUGCUAUCAAUUAAAGAAAUAUAUUCAUGACGACAACCACUAGAAAAAUAACUGUUUCUACUUUAUAUCAUCUACUAGUCGAUCUGCUUAUCAACCCAACAUCACUUUCGAUGGGAUGAAAUUCUCAAAGCCUGAUACAGGAAAGCUGAAGGCUGCUGAAAUUUCGAUGAGGAAACAGCGUAUUUUGAUUGGAAAGGCCAGAGAAGAAUGCUUUGACAGUAUCAAUUCUGAUCCUCCAAAAUACACAAGUGGUCUGUGGUGCAACCGGACAUGGGAUGGCAUUGCAUGUUGGACCGAUACACACGCUUCAAGCACAGCUACACAAAUUUGCCCUUCAUAUAUAAUAGGGUUUAACAAAUUCGAAUAUGCUUCCCGCAGGUGCACAGAAACGGGCGAAUGGUUCCGUAGCCCGAAAACAAACAAGAGCUGGACGGAUUACUCUCGUUGUAUAACUCCAGUUGACACAGUAUUGGCGCAGAAUCAUAUCCACAAUAUUCUUGGCUUAACAAACUUUGGAUAUGUUGUGUCGUUGAUCUCUCUCCUGGUAGCGAUUGUGAUAAUGGUCUUUUGCAGGAGAUUCCAUUACAAAAGCAAUGUUCUUCAUAUCAAUCUAUUCCUGGCAUUUUCUUGUCGGUCAUUGUUUUCCGUUCUCAGACAGAACCUUUUCACUUACGGGUUCGCCAUGUCCAUUGACUUUCAGAAGAAAGGAGACAAGGUUAUUUUCAAAGACGGACCGCACUGGGAGUGUCGGCUUUUGUUCACUUUGUUUGUAUAUGGUUUGUGUGCCAGCCAAGUAUGGAUUCUCGUGGAAGGAUUUUAUCUACAAAUGUUGAUACACAAAACUCUUUUUACUCAACAACGUAGUGUCAAGUUUUAUAUUAUUUUUGGCUGGUGUUUUCCAUUCACAUUUCUUAUUCCCUGGAUUUUUGCACGUAUAUAUUAUGACAACACACUAUGCUGGAGUGUGAAUACUCACUGGAGUUAUUUAUGGAUUAUACGCGGUCCUAUUACAUUGACUAUCAUUAUAAAUUUUCUAUUUUUCCUUGACAACAUUCGGGUUUUACGAGAAAGGACUCGAGCCCGAGGCAACAGCCGCACUUUCAGAAAAUUAGCUAAGUUCACAGUCAUGCUGGUACCGUUGUUCGGAGUUCCUAAUCUGUUAUUUAUGAUGCUACCACCAGAGCUGAACGUAGCUGUUGACGUGCCAUUUCUUUAUGUAUCAAUGUUAUACAGUUCGUUCCAGGGAUUAAUUUUAUCACUGCUAUUCUGCUUUCUCCAUGAACAGGUCCACAUCAAUAUGAAACGAAAGAUUAACCGUUAUGUAAUGCGACGCGACACAGUGAGUUUACGAUCGAGCACCGGACACUAUUCUUGCCAUCGCCAGAAUUCGGCACCAACGCAACAUGUUCAGUGUCCAACAUCUGAUUUAGAGGAGUCGAUUCAACUACAGUUAUCAGAUAUCAUUUCACACAACCAAGAUAAACAAUCAGAACAUUCUACUGAACCGAUGAAACAGUUCAGUAUAAACUCAGACAUUUCACAACUGAAAUCUAACCAGCCGUGUGUUAUGGCAGAAACAACGUUUACAACAUAACGGAUUUUUUUUCUUUUUCGAUUGAUUAAUGUCUGCACGUGUGCAUUAUUUAGAUACGUCACUAUAAGCGUAUAACUGUGUGCAUAAGUUUUAAGAAUUUAUAUUAUUACAUAUUCAUCUAACACACACACUUAUAUACAUAUAACAUCAUGUGUGUGUGCGCGCGUGUGUGUGUGACUAUGUGUGUGCGCGUGCCUGUGUGUGUGUGUGUGUGUGUGUGUGUGUGUGUGUGUGUGUGUGUGUGUGUGUGUGUGUGUGUGUGUGUGUGUGUGUGUGUGUGUGUGUAUGUAUGUGAGUGUGUGUAUUCCGCUUAGACAUUGCGAUGCUAAUAACCUACAUGGAACUCAACAUGCAUAUGCUUCAGUAUGAAACGUCAGUCGAGUACAUAACGGUAAAAAGAAAUUGGGAAGACAAAGGAAAUAAACAAUUAUGAAUUUCAUUAGCUUACAGCUGUUUCUGCUAUAAGAUUAAUGCACUCAUAGCUGAGUGCUUGAGUACCACAUUAUAGCUUCAUCGGAGCUUCAAACCUGAAGUGCAAUCUAUUUUGGAAAACUUUUACAUUUAUGUUUAUACAUAGCAAAAUCAUUAUCAAUGAAAAAACAUACAUGUAUGUAGGAAACAAAAUUCAGGAGAUUGAGGGGGAAGCCCUGCUCAUAAUUAGAAUAUCAUAAAUGUGUACAAGCAUAGGUAUAAGACACAUUUCUAUAAGAUGA